UUCCUGCGCCCUAUUUGUUUGUUCCUUAUAAGGGGAAUGAAAGAGACCAGGAGAUGGUGGCCUCGCUCUGUAGGUUUGGCUUUAUGUCUCUAGAAACCACCAAGAAGAAACUCCAUCAACUCAGAGACUCAGCGACAGUAAGAGGAACAGUCGGAGUUCAUAGCCGGAGAAAGAAAACUGUCUCAGUUUGUGUGAUCGGAAGAGAAGGGAUUUCUGAGACGAUGGAGCCCCCGUCCAGCUCAAGGUCACAGAGGUUCCAUCGCCCAGGGCCACAACUGAGCUGUGACCUCAGAGAGAAGCUGCAGUAUUCACGGCAACUAGACCUACCUGGACCUCAUCUUUCUGCUCCUCCUGAUAAGGGGAAUGAAGGAGACCAAGAUAUGGUGGCCUCACUCCAUAGAUUUGGCUUUAUGAUGCCAGUGACGUUUGAGGAGGUGGCCGUGUUCUUCUCUGAAGAUGAAUGGGCUCUUUUGGAUGAAAAGCAGAAGGAACUCUACAGAGAUGUCCUGCAGGAGAAUUACGAGACUCUCUUGUCGUUGGGAUUUCCGAUCGCUAAACCAGAUGUGCUGUCCCAGAUGGAGCGAGGGGAAGAGCCGUGGUUCCCAGAUCUCCAGCGCUCUGAUGAAAGGGAGAACGCAAGAGGCACUAGCACUGGUGCUGGGAUGGUGAGCGAGAAGGAGGAAAAAGCCCAGAAAGUUGUAUCUACAGGAGCAGAACCACAAAGGAUGUUCUCAGGGAGACACUGUUGCCUUGAGUGGAGAGAUGCCAGUGAGAGUCAGGGCAGGACAGAGAGGCUCUGGGAAGACCCUCCAGGCAGGAGUAAAUCCACUCAUAGCAAAAGAAGUUUAGAGAAAUCCAAAGACACCAACACCCACCAGACAGCCUGCACGGGGGAGAGCCCAAACACAAGUACUGAACCUGGGGAAAGUUUCAAUAAAUGCUCGCUCCUCAUUAAGCAUUGUCAGCAAACUUGUGCAGAAAAGGGUGCCUACAAGUGUAAUGAAUGUGGCCAAAGCUUUUCUCAACAACAGUGCCUUCAGAUACAUCUGAGAAUUCACACAGGGGAGAGACUCUAUAAAUGUAAUGAAUGCGGGAAAAGCUUCAGACACAAGACAAGCCUUGUUCUUCAUCGUUACACAGUCCACAAGUUGGAGAGACCCCAUAAGUGUCCAGUGUGCCGCCAGCUCUUUAUCCUGAGAGAGAGAUUUAUUCAGCAUCAGAGAAUCCACAAUGAAGAGAUGCAUAGAGAGUUUAACAAUGGGAUUGUGAGUGAGAACAAGGAUGAGCAUCCCCAACAGAAAAAGCCAAUGGGAGCGGAGCCUCGUGAGGCAUCUCAGAGAUGUGAACGGGCAGAUGCUGGUAAGAGUCGGGGAAGGAGAGGACAGCAGCGAGUUUACCCGGCAGGGGGGAAAGACUGUGAACCUGCUGUAUGUGAAGGAAGUUCUAAGAAAUUGAACCGCACCGUCGCCUACCAGGGAACCAAGGUGGGAGCACAACUGAAUACACAAAGUAAAAGUAAGAGAAGCUUUAGUAGCAGCUCAGCCGCUGACCUGCAUCAGAAAAUCCACCCAGAUGAGAAACGACACAGCUGUGCUGAGUGUGGGAAAAGCUACCGCCAGAACUCACACCUCCGAAGGCAUCAAAAAAGCCACACGGGAGAGAAACCUUAUGUAUGUGCUGACUGUGGGAAGAGCUUUGGACGGAAGUCGACACUCAGUAAACACCUGCGGACGCACAAAGAGGAGAAACCCUAUAGCUGCGCUGACUGUGGGAAAAGCUUCAGAGAGAGCUCAUACCUUGUUCUGCAUAAGAGAGUCCACACAGAAGAGAAACCCUAUCAGUGUCCUGACUGUGACAAAAGCUUCAGGCGGAAAGGGGACCUUUCCAGUCACUGUAGAACCCACACGGGGGAAAAACCUCAUAAAUGCACGGAAUGUGGGCAAGACUUCAGGAAGAAAUCAACUCUGACUAAGCACCUGAGGAUCCAUACUGGGGAGAGGCCCUUUAAAUGCCCUCACUGUGAGAAAAGCUUUCGUCAGAAGUUCACCCUUUCCCAGCAUCAGUUAGUGCAUCGCAAAGCGAGACCUCACAAAUGCACUGAAUGUGGGAAAAGCUUUCAUCAGACGUUCACCCUUACCCAGCAACAGUCAGCGCACCAGGGAGAGAGACCUCACAAAUGUACUGAAUGUGGGAAAAGCAGCUUCGGGAACAGCUCCCACCUGGCCCGCCACCGCCGCACGCACACGGGGGAAAAGCCCUACACCUGCCCCGAGUGCGGCAAGAGCUACCGGCAGGACUCGCACCUGGCCCAGCACCGGCGCUCCCACACCGGCGAGCGCCCCUACAAGUGCACCGAGUGCGGCAAGGCCUUCUCGCAGAGCUCCAACCUCAUCAUCCACCAGCGCACGCACACCGGCGAGCGCCCCUACACCUGCGGGGAGUGCGGGCGCAGCUUCGGGCACAGCUCGGACUUGGCACAGCACCGGCGGGUGCACACGGGGGAAAAGCCCUUCCCCUGCCCGCAGUGCGGCAAGCGUUUCGCCCAGAGCUCCAAGGUGACCCAGCACCAGCGCUUCCACACCGGCGAGCGCCCCUUCGGCUGCCCGGACUGCGGCAAGGCCUUCCGGCUCAGCGCCGACCUGCUGCGGCACCGGCGCACCCACACCGGCGAGAAGCCCUACGGCUGUGCCGAGUGCGGCAAACGCUUUGUGGAGAGCUCCCACCUCAUCCGGCACCAGCGCACCCACAUGGGCGAGCGCCCCUACCGCUGCCCGCAGUGCGGCAAGGGCUUCAACCAGAGCUCCAACCUGCUGCAGCACCAGCGCACCCACCGGGGCGAGCGUCCCUACGUCUGCGGCGACUGCGGCAAGGCCUUCGGCGUCAGCUCGGCGCUGCUGCAGCACCGGCGCACCCACACCGGCGAGCGGCCCUACCGCUGCCCCCAGUGCGGCAAGAGCUUCAGCGUCUCCUCCACCUACAACAUCCACCGGCGCACCCACACCGGCCUCAAGCCCUACGCCUGCGCUGACUGCGGCAAGGCCUUCAGCCGCAGCUCUGCCCUGCUCCAGCACCAGAGCACCCACACCGGGGAGCGGCCCUACCGCUGCAGCCACUGCGGGAAGGGCUUCGGGCAGAAGGCGGCCAUGGCCCAGCACCAGAGAACUCACCUGGGCCAGGAGCCCACCGGAGUGAUCCCACUGGGGGACUGGGGUGCGGCCCAGCUCGGACAGAGCCAGGGGGAGGAGGAGGAGGGUGAUGAGGCAGGAAGCAAGGAGAGUGCCGGGCUGGGGUGAUUGGGACCAGGGCACCGGGAAGGGAAUAUGUGGCUGGCGGGGCAAUGAAGGGAAAAGUGGAAGCUGCAGUGGACGCUGAGGGGAUUGGUAGUAGGAGGAUCACUGUGACGGCUCGAGGCGGCCUGGUUCAA